AUGUUCAAUCCACCUACACCUUCUUCUAUUGCUUCUGAAAUCGAUGCCUUGCUUGCAUCUCAAAUUACGAUGCAAGCUUCUCUUUUGAAGCUUCGUCAAGAUGUUUCCUCGCUUCAGGAACGUCCUGCUUCUGUUUCUUCCUCUGUGGCUCCAACUCAUUCGAACUUUCGUCCUCUUUCUCGAACAACUGAGU